AAAAACAAAAAAUAACAACAACAAAGAAAGAAAAUAUAUAUUGCUCAUUAGUUUCAAUGAGCUUGCAGUAAAAUCCAAAAGAAAAGCAAACGAAGGAAGGGAAAAUAAAAUAGUAGAAAAACUCGUGUAUGUGUUUAUGCUGCCAGUGAUUUUUUUCUUUCGCAAAUUUGUUUAUUUUUGCUUUGCGAAGAAGUUCUAAAAACCAGAAACAGCAACAGAAACAUUCCAGAUUUUAGUUAACCAAAAUGGCACCCACCAUAUGCUCGGAUAAGAAACAGAUGCGUGUGACGGGUUUUAAGGAGGGAAGACGACAUCAUGGCGUUAUUUCAAUGAACAGUGCAAGCACCUCGUCAUCAUCAUCAUCAUCAUCGUCGUCGUCGUCAUUAUCAUCGUCGUCGAUGUCGCCCUCAUCACCAAUAACAUCAGCCAGAGCAGCUGCCAAUAGAGCACUACAAGCCAGCUCAGUGCUUAGACAUGUUGCCAAAGGUUCAAUGAACCCAUCGGGUCGACGACGUUUUGCUCCAAUGCCACGAAAAAUGCCACAAAUCUCCUUUAAAGAUUAUGAUGAUACAUCAUCCGAUUAUACUUCGAUUUCUGCCAUACAGGAAACAUUAUCGACAGACCGUGAGAGUCUUGAUGACUAUAUGCAUUCCAGCGAUAGUAAUAGCAGCAGCCUAAAUACAACUAGUAGCAGCAUUGACAGCGGCAACAGCAGCACCAACAACAACAUUCGAUCAGUAUUACAACCUGCAAUGGGCAACAACAACAACAAUAAUAAUAACUGCAAUAGCAACAAAUCUUUUGAUUAUGACGAUUCACUAAUGGACGAAUAUGUGGAUGAUAGUGAUAGUGGCUAUGAUGUAACACCGGGGCCCAGAUCAAUGGUCAAAAGGUUUCAAGAACAUCAGCAGCCCAAUUUUCAGCCACAAAUGGAGCAGCCUCACAAUGCCGAAGGUCUCUUAUCGAUAGCCAUUAAGACCAUUAAGUUGGUGCAACGAAAUAGAUUGCUCCAGAAACGUUUGGCUCAAUUGCAGUUGGAGACAUCGGAGUUUAUAGCCUCGGUGUUGGCCAAUCCCGAGAAUAGUCAUUUUCAUCAUUCAAAAGCUGAGGCAAAGCUCAGCAACAUGUUGCUAAGACAUUAAAGUUACAAACGGAAAAAGUUGCAAAGAAAUCAUGGCAUACUUUUGGGCUGAAACAUGUUUACAUAUUUAUUCUUUUUAUUGAGUUAAACUGCAAAAGGAAUGAUUUCAUUUUCGUUAACAUGAGGAAAGGAUUUCGUACUGAUUACAUUAUAAAAUAAAAUAAACAACAAAAACCACAACAAGAAAAACACAAC